GUGUGGACAGUAAUGUGAUCUGAGCUGCAGAGGUUUGACGCAGCUAUAAGAGAAGCUGCAGGCGGACGAGACGCUCAGAGACUCAGUGGAGCAUCAGUGGAAUAAGGCUGCGAUUCGAACAGAGCACGAUGGGUCUGCACAGCGUCGAGGAGCUGGUGACUGGUAAGAGGUCAGAGGGCAAAGAGUCGGACGACUUCCAGGGGGGCGUGUACGAGGCAGCUGUCAAUCAAGAGAAGCAUGAUGACCUGAGCGGAGGAGAACAGGAAGUGAGCGUGGCUGCGCUCAAUACGGACAGGAGCGGCAGACUGAAGCUGGAGACCGUGGACGACCUGUUCAACAUCCUGCAGCUGAGGAAGAGGAGGAGAGAGAGGAAGAGUCCCGUCCACAAGAAGCAGCAGCCGGAGCCUGAGACUGUGCCGGAGACGGUGGAUGAGCAGUUGUUUCUGACGGCAGCGAUGGAGAACAAGCUUCCUGUGGUGGAGAAGUUCCUCAGUGACGGAGGAAACCCCAACGUGUGCGACCACUUCCAGAGAACAGCUCUGCACAAAGCUGCGUUCAGAGGAAACAUGGAGGUGAUGAAGAGCCUCCUGGAGGCCGGAGCUGCCAUCGAGAAAAAAGACAAGCUGGAGGCCACAGCACUCCACUGGGCCUGCAGAGGAGGAGGUCUGCCGGCCCUGCAGCUCCUCCUCGACCAGGGGGCAAAGGUCACGUCCAGAGACAAGCUGCAGAGCACUCCUCUCCAUGUGGCUGUGAGGACGGGACACAGUGAAUGUGCUGAACAUCUCAUUCACUGUGGAGCAGACGUCAACGCCAAAGACAGAGACGGAGACACGCCCAUGCACGACGCUGUGAGAAUCAACAGAUUCAAGAUGAUCAAGCUGUUGAUGAUGUACGGAGCCAGUCUCAACACCAAGAACAGUGACGGAAAAACCCCGCUGGAGACGCUGUACUCGUGGCAGAACGGAGCCAAGAGUCUCCUGUGUAACUUUGAUGAGGAGAAACUCAGCAGAAACUCCCCUUGAGGUCGAGACCACAGAACAAGAGAAAAAGAAAAGUGGUAGAAAAACAUGUUGGACUUUUGAUCCAUUCUAUCAUUUGUCUUCUCUUAGCGUGCGUCCAUCCAUUGAGGCGCUGCAGACUUCAUACUCUGACAGAUAUUAACCUCAGGUAAUAUUCAGGUGCUGCCGAGCAUUUGUCAUUAACUUCGCUCCGGGUUCAGGGAUUUGAACCAGCAACCUUCAAGGUGAUUGGCAGGCAUUAGAGAAAAACUUUCCUGAAAGCAGCAGCAGGGACUUGAAUUAUCAAUAUUGAUUGAUCAAUAAUGUGAAAUCUAAUCAGUGUGUUUCAUUGAUAGUGAUUAUUAACACUGAUGGAUUCACUGAUCGCCAAAUAUUGCUGGACAAUGUCUCGGCCGACAACGUGAAGAUGCUUUUAUUUGAACUUUUCUUCGUUUGUACUUUAAGCUGAGUUGAUGUCAGCGAUGCUGCAUCGAGAAUUUAUUUAUUGAUUAAUGGCAACUGUCUGUGAUCAGUUUACUGGGUUUGAUUGAUUUCAAUACUUACGCUUGAUAACUAAGUGAUUAGAAGUGAAUUAUUUGUGUAAAAUGUGAACAGAUGACGUGUUGUAUUGAUUCAGACGAGUUGUUUGGUCUGAUGUGUUCUGAGGGAAGUGACAGGAUGAAGCAGGUGUUUGCUCUUGUUGCUGUGUUAGAGCAAACAGGAAACUACGACAGAGCUCUUCUCCUGCAGCCACGUAUAUCAAGUCCUUCAUCAGAUCUGCUUUUAUUGAUACUGAUGAGCUGCACAAUGCUCAACCUCUGCACGUUUCCACAUCCACUCCGUCUCUUUGACUCGUCUUGCUCUUGCAUCAUUUUUCGCUCAGAAAUUUUUGUUCCAGUUUAUUAUUUCUAAUGUCACAAAAUCUAAUUUCUAACUGUGGAUCAAAUUUAGCUCAAACCUUACAGCAUCACUUUGCUUGUGUUUGUAAGUUUGGAACAAAGUUCAUCCAGAUCCCUUUGAGGGUCUGGGGUCAGAGGUCACCUCGGCGGUCUCCCACCUCUUCUGAUGCAGUGAAGACAUUUUGUAAAUGGUUGAGAGGGAAGAAAGUGAAAAGUCACAGUUGGUUCUGAGGAUGUCUGAAGAAAGUUAUGUGAAGUGAACACAUCUUGACAGAUGAUCAAUAAUUUGAUUUAUUUUUUAUUGUUACAGAUGAAUGUGAAUUUUGAAAGCUUUGUAAUUAUGGAUCAAAUAAAAUCUGAAUAAAAGAUAUAAAAUCUGAAUAAAAGA